UUCGCUUUCUUCUCGGUGCAGCUAGAUAACGUGGACGCAGCGUAUCACGUACCGGUAAUGGGCUCUUUACUUUGCUCCAGGAAAAUCUUCCAGUUUUUUCGAGUGUUCGCUCUGGAAAGGCUUCUCUUCAAGCUGAGGGGAUAGUUGUUAUUUGGGCAGGUCAGGGCCCAAAUAACCGGUCGAUGACACCCAAAACGCCAGGUGGAGCAGCAAUCUGGCCGACGGGGAGCUCUGAACGCAGCGAGUACAGGUGAAAACUGUUGAAGUAGGUUCAUAUAAAACAAGCAAGUCUCAGCAUUUGAGUUUGAAUUCGUUGCAACAAUAGCUGAGCCGUGCGUAAAAUGCGUGCGUAAAGUUGGUGAAACGUCAAACAAGUCAAGUUCUCGUGGUGCGAUUUGGAAAUAAUUUGGCAAACAUGGCAAAAUGGUUCAAAGACUUUCCCAUCAACCUGAAGAACGGCAGCGAACGAGUCCGCUCGGCCUCCGAAUCGGGCCCACAAACACGACACAAACCAUCAUUCUCCCGUGACAGCUUAAAGGGAACUCUUCGGAAGGAUAAUGGAGUGGCUGCUUUGCUCGCAGGGAGAAAUAGAAAAAAUUCAGCCACGGAGUUGGGUCGAAACCACAACGCCAGUUCUGCAGGUGGAACUGUGUGGGAAACUCUGGCGCCUGGAAAAAAUCGGAAGAGCUCCAAGGUGGAGGCGCCGGAGGAGAAGGUUCAGGUGAGGACCACCAGCCUGGCUCAGGCUUACAUCAGCAGGAUGAUCAAAGUGGACAAGCAGGACAAGACCCCCAAACUGAACGGGAUAAGUGAGCAGACUAAACCCGACACGGACAGUAGACGCUCUGCCAUUAAAACAACACUGAUCAUCCUCGAGGACUACGCGGAUCCUUUCGACGCAGAGAAAACCAAAGAACAGAGGGAGGCAGAGAGAGCGGGAGUGAACGACGGUUACAUGGAGCCUUAUGACGCCCAGGUCAUCAUCACAGAGGUUCGUCGCCGGGGCUCCAAGGACCUCCUCAAAGUGUGCGUGCUGCUUGACCGAGGCCAGGCGGCGGGCAAGGGAGAGGAGGGCAAGCCCCCGCCCCCCAACAUCUACGACACGCCGUACGAAGGCAGACUGGAGGGCGACAGCGAGGGCGUGUGGAUCCCCGUCACGCGGCCGGAGUCUGACAUCCGUCCGGCCGCCGAGUACGAGCUGCCUUGGGAGUGGAGGAAGGAGGACAUUGUUCGAGCCCUGUCAGCCCAGUUUGAGGCAGUGGAUUGUUCUCCUGUUAAAGAGAAUGGUCGCCAGCAGCAGCAGCAACAGCAAACUUUGAGGCAGAAGAACUGGACGCACAAAACACUGGUGUCCACAUCUUCAUCUUCCUCCUCUUCCUCUCCCUCCUUUCCCUCGUCGCCCAUCCUCAAACUCUCCCCGAUAACAACCCCGUCCCCGUCAUUCCCCACCCUGAGACUCUCGCCCUCUUCCAGCCCCAACAAACCUCCCUCUCCUACCUCGCCGCACGCCCCACUGGAUGGGGAAGCGGCCAAAGUGGAGCCCAGCUUGCCACUUGACAAGCAGAGCUGGUACCAUGGCUGUGUGAGUCGGCAGCAGGCUGAGGCUCAGCUGCAGCGCUGCAGGGAAGCCAGCUUCCUGGUGAGAGACAGCGAAUCAGGAACCAGCAAGUACUCCAUCGCUCUCAAGACCAGUCAGAGUUGCGUGCACAUCAUCGUGGCCCAAACAAAGAGCAGCAAGGGCCUGGGCUACACUCUGGAUCAGAGUAGCUGCGUCUUCGCCAGCAUCCCUGAGCUGGUGCACCACUACUGCACACACAGACUGCCCUUCACAGGGGCUGAGCACAUGACCCUGCAGCACGCCGUGCAAAGGUCACAUUUGUAACGUACGUGUACUCAGGGAUGUGCUGCUGAGGACUGUCCUCUUUACCAUUUUAUUAGAGGGAUUGAGCCGAUAGAAACUGUUUUGGAAAAGUGCAAGCCAAUCAGAUGAUGAAGUAAAAGAGUAAACUAGAAUGACAACUGGUUAGCUCGGAGAACCUCUCCUUCCUGUAAAGAAAAAAACUGUUAUGUUCUGCUUCCAAUUCUGGACCCAAUGUGUUACAUUGCAUCAGUGUUUCCUAAACGGUAAUGAGCCAAGGCAGAUAUUUUAAAUUAGAAAAACGAAAAACAAACAAACAAGCGAAUACACAGGUUAAUAUGCAUCUUCUCCCACCUAGUGGAAGAGUAUCAAAUUGUUCCGUCUGUCACUACAUGUCACUGGUGUGGAUAAAUGAACAACUGUACAUUAUUUGUAGUAAAUAAAUAAUAACUUUCAGACAGCUUAAGUGAAAUUGGCUCAUGUCCCGGUACCGUGGUUGGGGAUCAGUGCAUUAGGCUUCUUUUGGUGAAAUCAAACACUGCACGUCUGAUUUCAGUGGAACCUCUAAAGUUGAAUCUACCUUAAAAAUAAAUAAAUAAAUGAAAACAAUUGCCACUAAAGUCACAAAACUUCAUAGUUCAAACCGCCGUCAUGCAAGGAAUGCUCAGCAGUCAGUAACUUUGGAUUCGUUUUGGCUUUUUGUGACACAACAAAGGGUAUGAAAUACAGUAUGUGAGGUGAUUUAAGAUGAUGCGUUUUGGAACGCAGACUGUCCCAAGACUUGUCCAUCUGCGUUGCGUCAUCAAAAUCCUUUCCUUCUUCCGUCCCUUUUCCCGAAUUUUCCCUAUCCAGAGGUAGUAUCAGAAGCCCGUUUCACCUGAUCUAUAAAAGUUGGUAUUUUUCUGCCUUUUUUACUCUUUUACUCUUCUUUAUAAAUUGCACCAACACGGAAUGGCGGGACAAAGUGGACCCAGCAAUCUGCGACGGUAGUAUGAGAAGCCCCUUUUCACAUGACCUGUGAAAGCCGUCUUUUUUUUUUCUUCACUUUUUCUGUGUCGGUGUUAUGUAUACACCGCACAUACACAGAAUUGAUGGACGAAGUAGUAGGAGCAGAACUGUAACAGAGACAGCGUCCCGCUUGUGUGUAAAUGCUCGUAAAGGGGUGUGAAGUUUAACACACUCACUUCUGCUGUCCGACAAAUAUUUUGUACCAAUUAGUCACACCAAAAGCUGGAGCUGAUAUCAUCUAACUAUCUGAUUGUUAAAAGUUGUCAUAGGUGCGUAGAGUAGCCAAAAGCUGUACUCAAAUAAGAGUACUGUUACUUUAGAAUAAUAUAACGUGAGUGAAAGUCACAAGUAGUCUCCAAAUAACUACAUUAGUAAGUACCUAGUGGGAAAAAAAAAACUCAAUUACUGAGUAACUGGUAGAUAACAUCUGAUUUAUUAUUAUUUUCAUCAGCAGGAACACAAACAAACAGAAAUGUGCAUCUUCAGAUAUUGUCCAACAAUAUCACUUUAACUAAAACAAUAAUAAAUAUUUGUAAAAUUACACAAAUUGAGGCAAGUUCAGCCACAAGACAUUCUAUUAAAAAACAGGAACAUGUUUUCUCAAGUAGGAAGUAGAGUUCUUUUAGGAUGAAAUCAACAUUUAGACAUUUUUAGGCAGACACAGAUGACAGCGCAUGGCAUACUGUCGCUGUUGUUUCUUGAAGUCUGCAAGGUAAACAAAUUGAAUGUGAGGCCAGGGCUGGUGGGCCUCUUCUGACUGCGAGUCACACGCCAUUAUUUUCUCUGUUGUUUCUGCCGUACCUCACCUGAAGGAGUCAAUUUGAAAACUUUGAUUCCAUGUGGGGCCGUGGAGACUUUGUGUGUGGUCAUGUGAUUGGUUCUGAUUGAUUAAGAUUGAGUCAAAUGUUUCUAGCGGGUUUUCAUUUGAUUGGUGAGCGAGUCACAUGACAGCACCCGAGGGAUGCAUUAAUAAUCGGCAGAUGCAAAAAAGGUAGUGAGCAGAAGGCAGCUCAAUAAGGCAGUGUUUCUUCUGAACAAAAAUACUCGAGUUAAGGUUGAGUGUUUUUUUUAAAUUUUUUAUUCAAGCUUAACAAUUAAAAGUUGGUAACUUUUUUACACACUUUUAUCACACCUCGCACUUGCAACUUGCACUUUAGUGUGCGAGUCUCUUUCACAUUAUGCCCUUUGUUCAGUUUUUCUUUUUAGGGAUAAAUAUUAACAGUGAUAAUGUCUUUUUACAUUUGAAUGACAGUUUGACCAUGGAACAGAUUGUUCCGAUUUCCGUUAUUUACAAUGGGAAAAUAGUCAUUUCUAAAUCUGAACAAUUCAAACGAGGAGGUUCCACUGUAAUGUUUCCCUAUCUCAAAUCAACAAGCCUCAUACCAGCAGGACAUUAAAUAUGAGGAAUCUACAUCACCAUUUUUAACUAACCAAAUAAGAUAUCUGUAAAAGAUCAAAACAUUGCCACGUUACCAACAGCCAUAUUGCAACUUAAAGCUGCAAGUUUUACAGUCUGCUUCACCAAGAUGCUUUAACACAGAGUUGCCGACACGAUCAAGCACAAUGCCAAACAAUUAGGCUGGCUUUGUAUGAUCAAUACAACUGAUUGGAGUAUAGCCAUUCGUCCAUCCGCGACUGUCAGUCAGCCUAUUGAUUCCGUCCUGAAAAUGAGGCUUAUUUGCCAGCCAAUUUGUUCAUCAAGAGAAAGAGCUUUAGUAGUGAUUAGAUGCCUUGGAAUGAGGGUUAAUGCAGGCUGGUAGAGAGGUUGGGGGCGGGGGGCGGGGGUCCGCUGCUCAUAUUGCGAGUCAGCAGAAUUGUCAAAGAAUGCUGAGGUGUGCAAAUAAAAGUGAGACUAUGAUAUGAAUAUUAGGCCUUUUGGUGAUGAAAAAGCUUGUACCUUCCUUUAGUUUCAGUUUAUAAAGUACUCUGAGGACCUUACUAAAUGUAUGAGGACAUGUUUAUGAUUAUAUAUAAGCAUCUGUGGAUAAAAGGUUUUAGGGUUUGUGAUUUUUUUGUUUGUUUGUUUUUUGUUUGUCUUUCAUGGCGGACCAGUUUACAUGCUCUCACAGGCCAUCUCUGCCUUAAAUGAUGUAUGCAUGAAGUGACUGAGUAUUUUAUCAGCCCCAAUCAUGAUGUCGGCUGUAAACUUGUAAGCAUGUAUCCAGUAAAUAAAGUUGCAUUUGUGA